CUUCUUUUCCUCUUCUUCACUGCUCCAACAUCAACUCUCACUGCAAUUUCCAUUUCAAUUUCUCCGGUACCGUACCAUCAUCCAUAUCCACUACCACUAUGUAUUAUUAUUACUAUUUCUCAUCGUCAAUCUUCACAUGUAGCAAACAUACACUCGAACUCACCGUUGAUUCUGCUUUUUCCUCAUGAGUUCUAACAAAGGAGGUGGUCAGUCUAACAAAGGUAAAGCCGUAGCUGGUUCGUCUAACUUUGACAUUAAUCAGUUGAGCCAAUCAGUCCAAGACGUGAACCUGGAUUCCAGCCAAGAUGGCAGUUGGGAGGUGAUCUCCAAAAAGAACAAAAACCGACCAGGAACCGCUGCUGCCACCAAACAAUGGGGUCCUCAGACUGCUAAACCGAACGCAUGGGGUCAGCCAGAUGCCCCAAGAGUAGGUGUGCGGAACAACGCUCCAGUAAGGGCUCCGAAUAACGCAUGGGGUGCCCAAACAGGCGGCAGAGGUGGAUGGAACAACCAUAACGUUAACGUAAUCCCUCCACCGCUGCAGAGUGGAUGGAACUGGAACGCGAGGCAGGCGGGAAAUAACGUUCCAAAUCGUCAACCUGUUGUGGAACCACAACAUGUUGAAGACGAUGAUGAACAUGAGGAAGAUGAUGAUACCGAUGACGAUGGCGAACUUCUGAGUGAUGAGUAUGACUCAGAUGAAGUCCCCAAAAGUCACGAGGAACGGAAGAAGAACAGGUGGUAUGCUGACUUUUUCGGAACUUUGGAUACUUUGACUCUCGAACAAAUCAACGAACCGACACGCCAGUGGCAUUGUCCCGCUUGUCAGAACGGUCCCGGUGCUAUUGACUGGUACAAGACUCUGCUGUCGUUAGUGACACAUGCGAAAACAAAAGGGUCCAAAAGAGUGAAGAUUCAUCGGGAUCUUGCUGAAAUUUUGGAGGAAGAAUUGCGUAUACGGGGAGCUACGCUUAAUCAAGCUGGUGAAUCGUAUGGACAGUGGAUGGGACUGAAUGAAGUUGUUAAAGAUAAGGAAAUCGUUUGGCCACCAAUGGUUGUCAUCAUGAAUACACAACUUGAACAGGAUGAAAAUGAUAAGUGGCUUGGAAUGGGGAACCAGGAGCUUCUCGACUACUUCGGGUCAUAUGAAGCAGUGCGGGCUCGUCAUUCAUACGGGCCGAGAGGCCACAAGGGUAUGAGUGUGCUCAUCUUUGAGUCCUCGGCCGUCGGAUACACCGAGGCUGACCGUCUGAGCAAGCAUUUCGAAAGCGAAGGCACAGAUCGAGAUGCGUGGGAUCGCCGCCCGAUUCUGUUUUAUCCCGGGGGCAAACGAAAGUUAUACGGCUACAUGGCAACAAAAAGUGAUAUGGAGAUCUUUAACCAGCAUUCUCACGGGAAAACAAAGCUGAAAUAUGAGAUGGUUUCAUAUCACGAAAAGGUUGUGAACCAGUUGAAGCAAAUGAAUGAAGACAACCAACAGUUGCACUGGUAUAAGAACAAAGUUGUGAAAGAACAAAUGCAUUCAAAGGCACUCGAGGAGUCGUAUGGACUAGUAUCUCAAAGACUGAGGAAAACCGAAGAAGAAAACCGCAUUGUGAGGGAGAGAACACAACAAUAUCAUGAACAGAACAAGGAAGAGAUGGAUUACCAAGAACAAUUCUUUAAAGACCAGCUGAAGGUGAUUCAAGAUGCGAGGGCUGCAAAAGAAGGCCAUUUUGAUAAGAUGCAGCAGGAAAAGCGCAGGACUGUGGAUCCUCAGAUAGGGGAUUUGAAGCUUGAAGAAAUGAAGGAAUUUGAGGAAGAAAGGGAGAAACUGAUGAAACAGCAUGAAGAGAAGAUAGCUGAAAUGAAGAGCAGGCAUUGGAAGGAACAGCUUGAGAUAGAGAAUGGGUUUGACGCCGAGUUGGCUCAGUUGAUGAGCAAGUACAUUCCCGAACCAUGAGUUGCUGCCGGAGAAAUCGAGUUGAUCGAUGGAUAAGUAUUACUAAGACUUAUAACCCUUUUCCAUAUAUUUAGACUUGAAAUGCAGUUUAGACUUUAUUGCUGCCAGUAUUAUGAUGUUGUGGUUAUUCACAACUUUAAUGAAAGAACAUCAAGAUUGAUGGUUGGGGUUUAUCAUUAUAUUUGGUUGAUUUA